AUGGCAUUAAUAGAAGCGACGGUCACAAGUUUCGAAGAAGAGGCAAACUCUUUGAGAAACCGAGUUGUAAUAACUAUUUCAGCGACUCUUUCGCUGUUGAGCACCACUGUUAUUUGCAUUACAUAUAUCGCAUGGAAGGAUUACCAAUCAAACUCAAGGAAAAUUCUUGUUUAUAUCUCCGUCGCAGACUUCUUACUUGCCGCGAGUUGUUUAUUUGGAAUGUGGAGGCCACAUCAUGAUAGGGGUGAUAUCAUAUGCAAGAUACAAGCUUGUGUCACCGGUUGCGGUUAUUUAUGGUCGCUUCUCUGGACGACAUUUCUUGCUGUCUACAUGUUCACUACUGUAGCAAAGAAGCAGCGUCGAAAAGCCGAGGUCAUGCUCAAAGGUUUUCAUGUCUUUGGAUGGGGAAUUCCUUUGAUUAUCGUAGGAACCGCUUUAGGAUUGAACAAACUAGGAAAGAACAAAGACGCUCUAACUUCAGGGUGGUGUUGGAUAGACUCAAGCCUGGAACGCGAUGAUUUGCUCUUAUGGUUGUGGCUGAUAGGAAUAUCCUGGGAUGUUGCUGCUUAUAUACUUGUCUCUCUGUUCUUCGUGAUGUUGAAAUGUCACAUUCGGGAUCAGGUAACCUUCGUGUGUUUUUAGAGUUGGCUCGGCGAUAAGAACUACGGUGAUGUUAAUAUUUAUUUUAGGUUAUCUAGAAAGCUUCUAGUAUAGGCGUAUUUCCAUCACAGCAUUCUUAACAAUGCUAUUAUGAAUACUUAAAGAGCAUUUAACUAUAAAACGAUUGCAGGAGAUGACAGAAAAGCACCUGUCUGUGGGGAAGUAACUUAACACAUUACAGUGUAUGAUUUAACAUUGUUGUCUUGAAAUCAGCCAUUAGUUUUAAUUUGGAUGAGCACCACUGGUUGCAGUUCCUGCUUUUAAACAAAAAGUUUGAGAUAUUAGUGCUAUACAAAUAGUUACAACAGCUUAAUCUCGUGACUAUCAGGUAAAUAGCUUUGAAGUCAAAAAAGUCAUAUGACCAAGUGCUGAUAUUAAAGGAUGCUUGGUUAGGUAUUAGCUGGUAUUGGAUUUUAUUUUUCACUCGCGUCGGCUUUCUUUGUUCUUUGUCAAUUGCCAACUGUCUGAAAAAUUGUCGCAAAUUCCUCUUUAUAACAGGGAAGAGCGGGGUGAAUACAAAAGUUGCUGGUAACGGAAAAGACAGAAAAACGAUAAACUUUUUCCCUUGUCAACAUUCCCUUGACUUAUAAUUCCCUUGAACCUUGACCUCAGGCAAGUUUAAAUAUAACACUAGACGAUAAACCUAGACGUUGACAGAGCUGAUGGGGACAGGUAUUAAGCCUUUAACAUCUUAUUUUUUUUUUACAAGCUAAGACUUACUACAGUAAAACCCACUCGAACGUACCCGUUAUAUAAAAGACUGCAGUUAAAACAAAUCAAAAGAUUUUGAAUUUAAAAAAAAUGAUAUUCAUUUGCAGUCAGUAUAAGCACCUGUGGCCUGUCACGCAAAAGCAGGAGUGGUGGUAGAGGGAUGACUUACUCCUGUUUGGUGUCUAGUAAGUGUCUAGCAAGGUCUAGCUAGGUCUAGCCAAUAACGUCACCUCAUUAGUAAAACAUAUGUGUCUAGCAAGUGUCUGUGUCUAGUCAGUGUUUUUCUGCAUACUAAUUAAGUGCCUAGUCAGUGUCUAGCUAGCUAGGUAAAAUCGUGUUCCUCUAUACUAAUAACUGUCUUCCUCCACAUCUAAUGAGCGUCUCUCUCAUAAAAUAGAAACAAUAGGCUUGCUUAGGCAUGCUCGCUCUAGACCUACCUGAUUGACUCAUGUAGAAUCUAUUAUGUUUUCGAAAUAAAGUCGGGGAGUUUUUGGAAGUGCUAUCUUUCUUACAAGUUCAGUCUGCCAGGAAAAACUUUUGUUCGAGUUCGCUUGUUUGAGAAAACGCUUUUAUUCACUUUUUGAGGAUCAUGGCUUAUCGUUACCAACGUUGAUGAGCUUCCAGCUCUUUUGGACGCCUGUUCGUCGACCCAAGAAUGGGAAUUAUUGCUGGACUCCAUUCUAGUACUAGCCUGCGCGCAGACGAAAUUAAACUCUGGUUAACUCCGUCUUCGAAACAGCACCGAAAUCCUUGUUCUGGACUUCCAGCUGUGUACCCAGAUUUGAGUACGCGCCACGAUUGGCCAGUUAAAAAAGGCCUUUGUUUUGUUUGUCGUGAUCGCCAAUCAGGUUGAAUUCCGUCUUCGAAACAGCACCGAAAUCCUUGUUCUGGACUUCCAGCUGUGUACCCAGAUUUGAGUACGCGCCACGAUUGGCCAGUUAAAAAAGGCCUUUGUUUUGUUUGUCGUGAUCGCCAAUCAGGUUGAACGGAAAUUCGAAACGCACUUCCGGUAAUUCCUUGAGUCCGUUGGGGGUCCAGAACAAGGAUCUCUGCGCUGCUUCGCAGACGGUACUAAUCAGAGUUUAGUUAUCGUCUGCACGCAGGCUAUUCUAGUACCUAAUGAGUGCAACGUCCAUUAAAAAAUAGUAAUAAGAGGUGCGAUCACCUAGCAACACGAGAAACGGCUUAUGUCCUCUAUUUGUGUAAUAAUCGGAUAUAUAAGCAAAACACAUACAGAUACACAAAGUGGAGCUGAAAACUCUCUAUUUCUAUUUUUGACUCGCUAUUACAAAAGACAAAAAAACAAUAAAUUAACAAGGGUGAAUUGAAACUUGCGACUAAUAAAACCACGUACAAAAUACCUUUUUAAAAACUUUUUUGAGAACUAAUGACAAAAAGAGUAAAAUACACAGCGAUUUGAAAGGAAUGAAAAAUAAAUCCUCUUGUUCUUCGCCCAUGGAGUACUUGUAAGGUUUGCCUCGAAAUUUCUUAUGCCGAGUUCGUUUUUUCUGUUUGCAAGCAUUAUUAAUAUCAUCCAAAUAAUUUACAAAUUGAAUCCGACACCUUUUGCCCUUUGAGGCUUGUGAUGGGGUAUCUACUGUGGUAGGAUUUAAGGGUGGUGGUGGGGUGGAGCUUUCUCUUUUAGGUUUUUGGAUGAAAGGUGUUACGUUGAAGGGGUUAAGAGGAGUUGACAAUGGUGCCGUUGCUGUCGAAGAAUCUUGUGUGCUUGAUGCGGUCUGGAACAGUACUGAUCAUUUCUUCCGGUCGUAUUGUAUUUAAUUGUUCUUUAAAAGCCAGGUAUCUGUUUUGCAACUGAAAGUAUCGCUUAGCUUUUUCUUCGUCCCGAAGAUUGUUUCGAGAAAGCAAGACAUCCAUGUUGCCCUGCAUCUCUUGCCUAGCUGGAAGAAGUAGGACAGGCGAAAGAUUUUGCUGCUUUAGACAUUUUAGAAGCUCUUGAGGAAUAUCUUCUUGAAACCCUGCUUGGUUAAAGCUCUCUUCACUGGGCAGGACGUUUGUUCGCGGUCGACAAUUAUCUUGGGUAGUAGUUUCCAGAUCAAUCACCAGAUAACCAAAAGGUCUUUUUAAAGCCUCUUCGUACUGAUUUAAGAAGAAAUCAGUUUGCCCGGGCUGCAUUUGCUUGGCCAGAGUCAAGAUUUGCAAGUUGUCUUGUGGAUUCUUGAAUACCACCAAAUAAUGACUGUUUAAGUCUAUGCUGCGCCUAUCUUUUCCCUGAUGAAAUAGAUUCUGCACGAUAUAAAUCACGCUGUAGCUGCCCUCGAAAGUCGUACUUGGCCUCCGAAGGAGUUCCGUUGUUAUUCACAAGAAAAAAAGAAACACUUUAAUCCUCAGAUCUUCUUCAGUUUAUCUCCAGAUAAACUCUAACUCUUCAGUUCUUUAGAUAACAACUUAGUCUGCCUCGUCAUUCUCUGCCUUGUCCUCUGCCUCUGUAUCUCAACGUUGAUAAGGAAAGCCAUGAUGCUCAAAACGUGAAUAAACGUUUUCUCAAACAAGCGAACUCGAACAAAAGUUUUUCCUAGCCAACUGAGCUCGCAAGAAAGAUAGCGCUUUCGAAAACUGACCACCUUUAUUUCGAAAACAUAAUAGAGUCUACCUGAGCUAAUCAGGUGGGUAUAGAGCGGAAAAGCCUAUUAUUUUCAUUGUAUAAGAUUGACGCUCGUUAGAUGUGGAGGAAGACAGUUUUUAGUACGGAGGAACGUUGUUUUACCUAGCUAGCUAGACACUGACUAGGCACUUAAUAAGUAUGCAGGUGUGCAGGAAGACAGUGACCAGACACUUACUAGACACAUAUGUUUUGCCAAUGAGGUGACGUUAUUGACUAGACCUAGCUAGACCUCGCUAGACAAUUACUAGACAACAAACAGGAGUAAAUCAUCCCUCCACCAUUACUAGCAGCCGUUUAUCAGCCAUUCAAUAACAGUAGCUGUAGCUUCUGUUGGUAAUUCUUGAGCGAUACGGCCGUUUGCACAUUUUCUUUUUUCCCUCCAGUAACUAUUUCUUUAUUAGGAGUUACUUGGACUUGAUAACACCAUCUUUAUACACUUUUACUUUUUCAGAUUUCUUAUAACAAGAGUCAGUUUCCAUCACAAAAGGCCCAGAACAUCCCCCUGAAAGCCGACAGAAUGUUGGCCUUGGUUCCCUUUACCUUUAUUCUGCUGCGCGUUUGGAGAACACUUCGUUGGAUCAUCGUUUUGUAUAUCGACACUGGAAAAUCUCAAGCGUGGUGGAAUACGGCACUUUUUUAUCUCCAAGUAGGUUUUAUGUCUCAAUCAAGACAGAAACCGGCAUUUGACAGUUUUUUUUAACGGUAUAAAUUACACCAUACAUUAUAAAAAAACUACCAUAUAUUAUAUAAAAACCCGUACAAACAUUAUGAUCCAACAAGAAAAAGUGGUCAGGUAUGGUGGCUCAGCUUGACUGCAAUUAGAUCUUUGAUUUUUUUUUNAAGACAGUGACCAGACACUUACUAGACACAUAUGUUUUGCCAAUGAGGUGACGUUAUUGACUAGACCUAGCUAGACCUCGCUAGACAAUUACUAGACAACAAACAGGAGUAAAUCAUCCCUCCACCAUUACUAGCAGCCGUUUAUCAGCCAUUCAAUAACAGUAGCUGUAGCUUCUGUUGGUAAUUCUUGAGCGAUACGGCCGUUUGCACAUUUUCUUUUUUCCCUCCAGUAACUAUUUCUUUAUUAGGAGUUACUUGGACUUGAUAACACCAUCUUUAUACACUUUUACUUUUUCAGAUUUCUUAUAACAAGAGUCAGUUUCCAUCACAAAAGGCCCAGAACAUCACCCUGAAAGCCGACAGAAUGUUGGCCUUGGUUCCCUUUACCUUUAUUCUGCUGCGCGUUUGGAGAACACUUCGUUGGAUCAUCGUUUUGUAUAUCGACGCUGGAAAAUCUCAAGCGUGGUGGAAUACGGCACUUUUUUAUCUCCAA